UAUGCAAAAAAACAUCUAGCUCAACCUCUCUAAUUGUUUCUCUAAGAAGCAGAGAAAAUAUUAUUUCAUAUAUCUGUUGAGAAAAAAAAAAGAUUAACAAAAUAAUAAUGGGACCUCAAGGGCUAGGGCUCGAGAUUACUACUGAACUUAGGCUUGGGCUACCAGGCACCGGUAGUCGAGAGACAAGCGACAAGAAUAGGGUGUUUUCGGGUAAGCAUGAAGGUGGUGAAAGGAUGACUAGGAAUAAUGUGGACUUGUUAGUAGGGUGGCCACCGGUAUGUGUGUAUAGGAAGAAUAGUAGUAGUGUACUACGCGAUGUGACAAAAACGUACGUGAAAGUUAGCAUGGAUGGUGCACCAAUUCUUCGUAAAAUCGAUUUGAGUUGUUUCAAAGGGUAUUCGGAUCUUGGAAUGGCUCUAGAGAAGCUCUUUGAUUGUUGUGGAAUUGGUGAAGCAAUGAUGGAAGAAAGUGAGAGUUGUGAAUACGUAGCAAUAUAUGAAGACAAAGAUGGGGACUGGAUGCUUGUUGGCGACGUCCCUUGGAUGAUGUUUACAGAAACAUGCCGAAGACUUAGGAUAAAGAAAUCGGCGGAUGCCACAGGAAUUGGAUUGCAUUCACAUCGUGAAAUGCCGAAUACAGAUUGAGAGUUAACGAUGCGCGCUACUUUAAUUAGAUGAAUGAAGCUUAUUUGCCUCUAGCAACUUGCUCGAGUGCUUCAUAAACAAUUGAUUGUUUGAAAAACAAUGAUGUCAUAUAUAAGUAAGUUUAUCGUGUAUGUUUAAAUUUUUCAUCAUUAUUAAUAUCGAUAUAAUUCCAAGAUAAUGAGCAUCUUACCGAUGUUCUUGUGGUUGAAGUUGGAUGCACGUGAACCGUUGAAUCCUAGAGAUUGGGUAUGAUAUUUGUACUUUUAGUAUCCGAUUUGUAGUCAAGCUCGAUAAUCACUAUUGUCUUAUUGAUGGUUAAUUAUAUUCAUAAUUAAGUUUUAGUA